AUGUCGACAUCAACUAUACAAGGGCCCGUUUACACCAAUCACUUAAUAGUCACAAAUUUAGUCUUCUCCCCGGACCCGCUAGUCUUCCCGGGGGAGUUCAAUGUGUCCUUCCAGGCUGAACUCAAGAUAGACGUACCAAACAAUCUGAAGGCUCAGGUUCAGCUGUCCAAGAGAGUUGGCAGCCAGGAUGUACCGCUUCCAUGUGUAGCGAAUAUAGGAAGCUGCGUCUACGACGACCUGUGCAGCAUCCUCAGCGGUGUCGUGUGUCCCCGGGAAUUUGUGACUGCUGGUGUACCGUGUAAAUGUCCCUUCAAAGCGGGCACCUACAACCUCCCCGUGGCAACGUUCCGCGUGUUCGCAGCCUUCCUGCUUCCUGGUGUCUACACCUUCGUUGUGAACCUCACACAUGGCGACAUCUACCUUGGGUGCUACAAACUCGUAGCAACAUUUGCUUGAGAGUGAGGCCUAUUGCAUUGAAUCAACCUUGAUAGGUGAGGUUCCAAUAUGAGCGAGAAUGCUUGUUCAUGUAUGGCAACUAUUGCCUAUUUUAAAAAUUGUGGAAUUGUGAAAAUUACCAAACUCUGCAGCACGAAUAAAACAAUUUGUCACUGA